GCUGGAUCAGGACCCCCCCCAGGCCGACCCCUCCCCGGUGGGGAAGUGCUCCCGCACCUUCAUCUCCUUCAGCGACGACGAGACCUUCGAGCGCUUCUUCCCGCGCUCCAAGGCCCCGCGGCUGCCGGUGCGGGAGCUGUGCCCCGUCACCCACCGGCCCGCCCUGUACCGGGACCCCGUCACCGACAUCCCCUACUCCAACAUCCGCGCCUUCCGCAUCAUCCGCGAGGCCUACAAGAAAUACAUCACGGCCCACGGGCUGCCCGGAGCCUCCCUGGGCGGCCCCCCGGCCCCAGAGCCCCCCGGGGCGGCCACGAGCGUCCCCACUGCUUGA